UUUUUUAUUUUUUUAAGAAGCACCAGAUAUUCCCAAGUAGUAUAUCAGCUUUGUAAUGGCCUGUUCUGUGUCAUUCUAUGGUAGAAGCAGUAAUAGUGGCUAGAAAUGUUUUGCAAAAGCAUUCAUAUGCCUAACACUAUUUUAAAACCUAUUGAAAGAAAGAGCAAAGAUCAAGAUCUGCAGGUUUUACUUCCUGAUGUUUCUGCAUGGGUGAAGAAAGGAAAGGAAGCCUAACGGAGCAGUGAACAGUUUGCAAGAAAAGAACUUACCAAUCUGCAACAUCAACUUUCUAGAAAAACUAAGUAUCCAUGCAAACAUCACUAACGGAAUUAAACAAGUUAUUUAUUACCACAAGUGCCUCCAAUACACCAUAUCCUGUGGCUCCUUUAGCGAAGGUGACAUGUACUGACUGCACAUCACUAGGAGGUGGAGUGUAUGACUGCAAAGACAACAUUGCAGUUAAAAAUUUACUCACCAGUGGCUACAAACUGUCUGCAUCCUGUCGUACCAAACCUCCUGGCAAAUGUUCUCAUGGAGGAAAAAAUGAUUUUUCACAGAACUACAGCCCUGUUGGAGGUAUUAAUAAAGAAUCUUCUGAGCCAAGUAUUUCCCCCCAUCACUACUUACACCAAGAGGCUGCAGACAUGGCCAUCAAAGCUACACAAGAUUUUUUCAUUGAUCCAGGAUAUGGGUUAUUAGCCCAAUUAGGUGGCAAUGUUUUUGAGCAAUUCUUUGGCCUUCUGGGAUAUUCGCUAACGAUGGCAAUCGAUACAACUGGAAGUAUGAGCAACGACAUUCAAGCUGUGAAAGAAGUUGCCAUUGAACUCAUCAGAAAUUUCACAAAUACACCAGAUGCACCGUAUGACUACAUUCUGGUGGAAUUUAAUGAUCCAGACUGUGGCCCAGUGACUAAGACCAGGAAUGUAACAGAAUUCGAACAGAAGAUUUCAAGUUUAAGAGUUGAUGGUGGUGGAGACUGUCCUGAGUUGUCCAUGUGUGGGCUUGAAAAGGCAUUACUUGAGAGCUUGCCAAGGUCAAAGAUUUAUAUCUUCACUGAUGCUGGUGCAAAAGAUGCUCAUCUGCUAGACCAAAACAAAAUUCUAAUUGAAGCCACUAAAAGUGAAGUUCAUGCCCUUUUAACAGGGUACUGCACUUUGCGAAGUACCCAAGAUGUCCAGCAAACCAAACACGAACAGCAACACAUGAGGAAGGAGAGAGCCACUACUAGUAAUAUAUAUGAGGAACUGGCAGAAUUCUCGGGGGGUUAUUAUGUCAUGACCUCUAAAGCUGGCUUAAAAGAUGUUCUGGGAAUAAUGGAACUUUCUUUGAAUUCUGCGCCCGUCACUAUAACAAAGAUGGAAGAAAAAAGAUCAACAUUGUCAUUUCCAGUUGAUAACACUUUGGUUGACGUAUCCGUGUCUGUGAAGUCUGUCAGUUCUGGCUUCACUUGCACAAUUGAGGAUUCCUCAGGUAAAACAGUCAAAACUAAUACUGUCAUCAACACAGCGACCCAACAAGUUUUCAAAAUAAGUCCUGUUGAAGCGCUGGGUCUUUGGACACUGACGAUAAGCAAGGAAGCUACUUAUGAAAUAGAAGUUGGAGGGAAAAGCUUACUGGACUUCUCUUACAAAAUAAUGGAGGAACAGAAUGGAUAUACCCUUCCAAUCCAAGGCCGACCAGUACAAGGUUUAAAUUACACUAUAGCCCUCACGUUACAUGGAGCCAAUGACAGCAUGACAAUCCACAAUCUCACAAUGCUGGACCAAAAAGGGGUCAAUGUGUUGGACUCAUAUAAUGUACAGCAGUCAAACAGUGUCAAUGGUAAAAUAACAGCCACCAUCCCAGUACAGUUCAACUCACCGGUGUUAAUGCUGGCCAUUGCAGGUGAAAGUUCAAAAAGUACAUUUAAGAGAAUGCAUGCUGAACCAAUAUUUACAGAGGCUGUUCGUUUGGUUCGACAACCUGGGCAAAAUGGCACUAUGAUCCCUGGAGGUUCUACCAGCUUAUCUGUUCUCAUCAUUAAUGAAGGAAGUGACAGCGAAUUUACUUUUGCUGUUGCUGUGGACAGUAUCAUAUCAGUGGAUUUCAACCCCAAGCAAAAGAUUCUCAAAAAAGGAGAGAAUGUUAGUCUGGAGGCAAAAUUCUUGGCAUCUUCCUCAAUCCAAAGUUUCAAAUCCAGCACUGCCACUUUUUCAGCAUCCUCAACCUCUGCAAAAAACUAUGUGAAGGUCCCUAUUUCAGUGGUGCCGCAAGAUGCCUUGGUAGUAGAUGAAAACUCUCCUGAAUACCAGAUUGACGAGCUUCUAAUGCCAUGUCUGGGAACGGACAUUCAGCAUGGAAAAGACUGCAAGAAUCACCUGUGGAAUGUUGCCUUCACAACCUGGGAUACAGAUAGUGAUGUCAUAGUGUCACUGGGCACUGAUCCCACUCCUGACAAUGCUCACUUUUCCUGUACACCUGAAAAUAGCUCCACAAUUUUAAAACAAAGCUGCAGCUACAGAGCAACAUGUUGCAGUCCCUAUCAAGAAUUCUUAAUAAGUGACUUCAGUGGAAAUGGCAACAUUUUGACAAUCGACUACAGAGCACCAGAGUUUCCUGCUGCUAGAGUAACAAAUUUGAUCCUGAUUGUGUGUGGUAGUGUGCUGCUAGUUACCAUUAUCACUAGCAUCACAAUUUGUGUCAUUCAUCACAAGAGGAAGUAAUGGUGUACAUAAGACAUGCUGUAUCCAGACCUGCCUGAGGACAGAGACCAGCUUAAAGUAUCCAUUGGGGCUGAAUCUUUGUCACUGACUGCAAGGAUAUUCAGUGAGAACUUAUGGAACAGCAAUUUAUACUUUGAUGACAUAACUCUACUGAAUCAGAACAUAAUGGACUCACCAUAAUGGGCCUACAACUGAAUGCAAGAACACUGAACGAUUAACCAUUCCCUGCCAUUGUGACCUGCUUUCUGCUAUAGGAUCCUCUCUUUUGCUCAGCAGAAACAGUUUUGCCAUCCAGUUAAGUAAUACAUACUACAACAGCACUAUCCAGUGCUAUAAUAAGCUUGAAUAAAUAAUGUACCUGGUAUGAUAUUACUGCAGAGGGUUACUACUAUAGUUAACAUCACAUUCAGCUUCUAUGAGCUUCUCAGGCUUGGAUCAUGGAUGAGACAGAACCUCAGUGUAGUCCACCCACCUCAUUAACAAAUGAAUGUAAUCUACAAACAUUCUAAAUAAAAUAUUUAAUAAUUGUC